AGUCAAGAAAACCAUUCUAUAGCGAUAUAUUUCUUCGAAGUGGCAGUGCUAUUAUGUUAACGAUCGAUUUGUUACUGGCGGUCGGAGCUCUUUUUUGGAUAUAUUUCUUAUGGAGUCGCCGAAGGUUAUAUUUGCUGAUGCUAAGGAUUCCUGGACCCAUAGGACUACCCAUUCUGGGUAGUUCCCUGGAAAAUAUCAUCACCUAUAAACGUAAACUAAGCUUUCGAACAAAGUAUUUGAAUAAGUACGGCUCGACUAUUUUAACGUGGAUGGGUCCGGUGCCAUUUAUAGUGACCCGAGAUCCGAAAAUUGUGGAGGAUGUCUUUUCGUCUCCUGAUUGCCACAACAAGAGCCAGCAUAUUGUGAAUGCUAUAACUUCUUGCAUGGGAAAUGGAUUGCUUGGAAAACAAGAUCCCGAUUGGCUUGAUCGCCGCAAACACUUUAACCCAUCGUUUAAACAGGAUCUUCUGCUUAGCUUCUUUCACAUUUUCGAUUCCGAGACGAAAAUCCUGAUGAAUUUACUAGAUAGUUAUGUCGACAAGGGCGAAAUAGAUGUGGUUCCAGAGAUGCUCAGAUGGUCGUUUAAAAUAGCCGCCCAAACCACAAUGGGUUCUGAAGUUAAGCAUGAUGAGCACUUCAAAAAUGGCAGCCUCGUGGAAUGCUUCGAAUCGCUUAUAUCUCAUUCGACUCUCAAUAUAUUGAUGCCCUUGGUCCAAAACAAGAUGGUUUCAAAAAUAUGCGGUUAUGAUAAGCUACGAGCUGACAACUUUUCUAGAAUUCAAAAAAUGUUGGAUAACGUGGUUAAUAAAAAAGUCAAUCCAUCGCCAAAGACUGAUUCAGAUCCCGAAUUGAACAUUGUGAUCAAUAGGGCAAUGGAACUGUACCGCAAAGGCGAUAUCACCUAUAUGGAUGUGAAGAGCGAAUGUUGUAUAAUGAUUGCCGCCGGCUAUGAUACAUCAGCUUUAACAGUGUAUCACACCCUCUUCCUUCUGGCCAAUCAUCCCGAGCACCAGGAAGCGGUCUUUGAGGAGCUAAAUGCUGCUUUCCCAGAUGCCGGACACUUUGAAAUAACAUACCCAGAUAUGCAAAAGCUGGACUACUUGGAGCGCGUGAUAAAGGAGACCCUACGCCUGAUACCUGCUAUUCCAAUAACGGCAAGGGAAACAAAGAACGAUGUUCGUCUCUCGAAUGGAGUUCUCAUUCCCAAAGGAGUCGUCAUCGGCAUCGAUAUGUUUCACACUCACAGAAAUCCCGAAGUCUGGGGUCCAGAUGCAGACAACUUUAAUCCGGAUAACUUCUUGGCGGAAAACAUGGAGCAAAAGCACCCAUAUGCCUACAUUCCAUUUGCGAGGGGAAAGAGAAAUUGCAUAGGGUCAAAAUAUGCAAUGAUGUCUUCAAAGUUUGCUUUAUGCAGAAUACUCAGGAACUACAAGAUUAGCACAAACACUCUCUACAAGGAUCUGGUUUAUGUGGACAACAUGACUAUGAAACUGGCGGAGUAUCCACGACUUAAACUCCAAAGACGCAGUUAGGUUUCUUUAACUAUUAGGGAAUAAUUCAAUAAGAUUUU